CCGCGAGUUACUCACAGCACAUACAGCAGCUGGAGUGAGAAAGCGGAGGCAUCUAUAUCAAUGGGUGUGGUGUGAGCAGCACCUUGGCAAUGCCUCCUCCGGCCGACAUCGUGAAGGUGGCCAUUGAGUGGCCUGGUGCCAACGCCCAGCUCAUUGAGAUUGACCAGAAGAAGCCUCUCUCCUCCAUCAUCCGGGAGGUGUGUGACGGCUGGUCUCUGUCGGGCUCUGAUCAGUUUGCUCUGCGAUAUGCUGACGGUCCCCAGCUCUACAUCACAGAACAGAGCCGGGGUGAAAUCAAGAAUGGGACCAUCCUUCGCCUCGCAAUCUCCCCUACUCGCGCCGCCCGGCAGCUCCUGGAGAGGAUCCAGUCUCACGGGAUGGACGCACGGCUGGAGGCCCUGAAGGAGCUGGCCAAGCUGUCCGCCGACGCCACCUUCGCCACCGAGUUCAUCAACAUGGACGGCAUUGCCGUGCUGGCGCGGUUGGUGGAGAGCGGCACACAUUUUGGGGAGAUGCUGGCUUUUACCCUGACAGCUUUCCUGGAGCUGAUGGACCACGGCAUUGUGUCCUGGGAUCUGAUCUCCCUGUCCUUCAUCAAACAGAUUGCCGGCUAUGUCAAUCAGCCCAUGGUUGACGUGUCCAUCCUGCAGCGUUCCCUGGCUAUUCUCGAGAGUAUGGUGCUGAAUAGUCACAGCCUCUACCACCGGGUGGCGCAGGAGAUCACAGUGGGGCAGCUUAUUGCCCACCUGCAAGUGAAUCGGACAGCACCAGAGAAUAACGUGGCCUCCUGCAGCUCCAGCUCAUGUCACCUGCCUGUCCUGCUGUGCACCUGCAGAUCCAACCAGGAGAUCCAGACCUAUGCCAUCGCUCUCAUCAACGCUCUCUUCCUGAAGGCCCCCGAGGACCGCCGCCAGGAGGAGCACAGUAACCCCCUGGACCUGCAGCUCACUCCUGUGCUGCAACUAGAUAGACGGAUAGAACAUGUCAGAGGUCAGAGGUCAGAGGAGAUGGCGAGCACCCUAGCCCAGAAACAUCUCAGGUCCAUCAUCCUCAAUCACAUCAUUCGCGGGAAUCGGCCCAUCAAAGCAGAGAUGGCACACCAACUGUAUGUGCUCCAGGUCCUGACCUUUAACCUUCUGGAGGAGCGCAUGAUGACCAAGAUGGAUCCCAGUGAUCAGGCACAGAGGGACGUCAUCUUUGAGCUGCGCAGGAUCGCUUUCGAUGGUGAUAAUGACCCCAACAGCAGCACAGAGAAACGCAAGGCGAUGUACACCAAGGACUACAAAAUGCUGGGCUUCACUAACCACAUCAACCCCGCCAUGGACUUCACCCAGACCCCUCCAGGCAUGCUGGCACUGGACAACAUGCUGUAUCUCGCCAAAGUUCACCAGGACACCUACAUCAGGAUUGUCCUGGAGAACAGCAGCCGAGAGGACAAGCAUGAGUGUCCCUUCGGCCGCUGUGCCAUUGAGCUGACCAAGAUGCUGUGCGAGAUCCUGCAAGUCGGAGAACUGCCCAAUGAGGGCUGCAAUGACUACCACCCCAUGUUCUUCACCCACGACCGCGCCUGGGAGGAGUUCUUCUGUGUCUGCAUCCAGCUGUUCAAUAAGACCUGGAAAGAGAUGAGGGCCACAUCAGAGGACUUCAAUAAGGUCAUGCAGGUGGUCCGGGAGCAGAUCACCCGGGCCCUGGCCAUGAAGCCCACCUCCCUGGACCAGCUGAAGAGCAAGCUCCGGGGGCUGAGCUACUCCGAGAUCCUGCGGCUGCGCCAGUCCGAGAGGAUGAGCCAGGACGACUUCCAGUCCCCCCCCAUCAUUGAGCUGCGGGAGCGAAUCCAACCAGAAAUCCUGGAACUGAUAAAGCAGCAACGUCUGAACAGGCUGUGUGAGGGGAGCUGCUUCCGCAAGAUUGGCAACCGCCGGAGACAAGAGAAGUUCUGGUUCUGCCGUCUGUCUCUGAAUCACAAAGUUCUGCACUACGGAGACUUGGAGGAGCCACCCCAGGGGGAGGUGCCCUUCGAAUUGCUCACUGACAAGAUUCCGGUAGCUGACAUCAAGUCAGUGGUGACAGGAAAGGACUGUCCUCACAUGAAGGAGAAGAGCACCCUGAAACAGAACAAGGAAGUUGUGGAGCUUGCCUUCUCCAUCCUGUACGAUCCUGACGAGGCUCUGAACUUCAUCGCACCCAAUAAGUAUGAGUAUUGUAUCUGGACCGACGGGCUGUGCGCUCUCCUCGGCCGGGAGAUGAGCAGCGAUCUGACCCGCAGCGACCUUGACACCCUCAUCAGCAUGGAGAUGAAGCUCCGCCUCCUCGACCUGGAGAACAUCACCAUCCCCGAGGCCCCGCCCCCCGUGCCCAAGGAGCCCAGCACCUACAACUUCACCUAUCACUACGGCUGAGGGGGGGGGGACCAAGCAGUUCUAGAGGGUGGGGGAGGGAGGCAGAUGGAAGGGAACAUGUAGAGGAAGCUUUAUGGAUCUGGGAGGGGUAAUGGGCAACAGGGAAGACGGGGACAGGUGAGGGAUGGUGGGGUCGGGAGGGAUGAGGGAGAGGGAGACCAAUAGACAAAGGGAGAGGGAGGAAGGAAGAACUGGUGAGGAAAGAAUAAAGGCAGCUUUUAAUGACAAUAUAACAAUACACCCAGCACUGCUACUUUAAGAGGGGCUGUAAAUCAUAUUGAUGUGUCCUUCAACACUAAAGAAAUUCUCAGCUGACCACAUCAGAACUUGGCUUUACUUGUCAGGGAGGGUGGUUUGGCAAAAUAGCUUUUAUGCCUUUUUUGAUGGCACAGGAAAGGAUGUAACCCGUUUGAAGAGAUGUUGUAAUCCGGUUGAUAAUCAUCUAACCUAGCUGUUUUGCAAGGCCUCAUUACUGGAACAUGUUGUCUGAUUUCAGUUCAUCCAAAACAGCAGGCCUUCUGGGAACCAACCAGCCCCUCCUCUGAACAGAGCUUAAUUCCACACUGAAAAGUAGAGAGAAUGUAGAACACAGCAGUGUUUCAACUGUGGAAAUGUGUGUGAGUUUUCUGUUUUUCAGAGUGCAAUUUCCUGUUCACAGAAGAAACUGUUUUCAGCUUGCACACUCUCUGUGAACUGUGCUAUACUGUUCCAAAUUUUUGUUAAAGAAAACACAAUCUUGAAGAAAAGUCAGAAAUCCAAUGCUCAAUCUUAAACAUCCUACUAAAGCAAAUUUAGAGUCAUGAUGAACUGAUGUUUAAGAAGAAGCGGUGUGCUAGGGCUGUCUGCAUAGUUUGACCAGUCUCUCUUCUCCCUCUCUCAGUUUCAGUAUCACUAUUGUUAUUUGUAAUUGAGAACAGAGUCUAUUUUUGUAACUGAAUAUGUCAAGUUGUUCUGAGCUCUUAAAGGGGCAUCUGGCAGGCAAACCUUUAACUAAUACUAGCAAUUCAAAAAUCUCCCCAGUAUGACAGCUGGUUUGGGAGAUCUAUGUUCAGUUUGGUUCUUUUCUUGCACAUGGAAGAAGCACCAAACUGCUCAUGUCACUCAGUAAAUUUCCAUGGAGA